AUGAAUAAUUUUCAUAAAUUUGAUAGAUCAUUAUUGACAGUUGACAUUUCAGGGGCUCAACCAAAAUAGAAGAGUUCUUACUUAGACAAGAUCAUUCCAUAUGAUAUUCGCUAAGCAAAUAACACUAAAUUGCAAUAUACAAUUCCUAAGUAAGAUCCUCAAUAUGGACGUAGAAGAUAUCAGCAUGACUUCCAUCAUUUCAACAAUAGUUGUGUUCCUUAAGGAGAUAAUUAUUUUGAUGGUUCGCAUAAAAAGCAUUACAACUUACAAGAAGGAGAAAUCAAAUAAUAUCGAGCCUUAGAGAAUUAUUAUGAUUAACCUAAGUAUUAUCAUAUAAUAUCAGGAAAUCUAUAAGGGGAUAGAUUGCUGGCUACCAAUGAUAUAGAAGGAGCUAUUCCUGCGACAUCCACAAGCAAAGUCGUAAAAAAUCAAGAGAAGGCCUAAAAGAUCAGACAAGAAAGAGAUCACUUGAGAGCUCAAAAUAACAAGGCCCUCUACCUUUCUCAAUUAGAAUCCAAAAUAGACUAUUAACCUGAGGUUGAAUAAAAAGCUCAAAGGAUUAAAUCAUAUUCUAUUUAACCUACUCAUGAAAAUUAAAUAUUUGAAAACAGAGUCACUGAACCUUCCUAGCCUAAAUAUGAAUACAUGAAUAAGCCUUUGAAACUUCCACCAAUCCUGGCAAGAGAAACUCCUGUUAAUGUCAAUCCAAUAUCCAACAAAUUGUAAUUGCACUCAAAUUAAAAAAAUUAUCUUCUACAUGAUUAUGACAAGACUUUGUCCAUGUUACAACAAAAUUUACCAACGAGAUUGUUUGUAUGA